CCGCCACAUUUGCCUGCGAUGUCCCUCGUCCGGAUCGUGCCUGCGAAUGCAGGUCCCUACGUCGUGGCGCCGCGGGCCACCGUCGUCCGCUUCAUCACCUUGCGCUCGACCGUCGCGCGCCCCGGCCUCGCAGGAUUGUCAUCCCAAGCACAUGGCAGAUACCUUAUGUGCCGAGCGAUGGCCAUUAAGUUGAUAUCAUUAAUUUGGGAUGAGUGGAUUUCUGUUCCAUCAACCUGUCACACUUUACAACGACAUGUUCCCUUAAAAGAUGGAGCAGAACCAAGAGACCUCUCCAGCAGCAACUAGACUCCAUUCAUGCAGAGCUGGAUGCAGUGCAGUCCACUCCUAUUCACUUGCUGGAGCAACUCUCUUUGUUCAAUAUGGUAAAUCUAUGACAAAAUCAAGUGAAUAUUAUAGACAGAGCUAAGAGGCACUCUGUUGUUCAUGGUAACAAAAUACUACUUAGUUCCCUCCAAAACCCUGCAGGGAUUAGUUCCCCUAGGUGAACAGAGCCUUAAGUUUGUGUAGCGGGGUUCAGCGAGUUGGCAGAGCUGACAGUGUCAUGCGUCAUCCUAUGUACUUGCAAAAUUCGACUGGGACUGAAUUAGAAAUCAGUCAAAUGACAGGGGAGCAGCGAAAUGACUCCCGAGCUCAGGUGCUCUUUGAAUCUGGACGGUACAGGUUGGCUUCUGAUGUGUGUCGAUUAACUUUUUGCCGCAGAUACGACUUAGCAUACAGAGGAGAAUACAUCAGCAGGUGGGCCAUACUGUACCGAAAUACCACCGAGAAAGCUCACAAAGGAUCUACUAUUGUACAGAUUAUUGUUCCUUUGUUCUGUUUAUAGAUAUUUGGAUUACUGCAAAUUAUCUGUUUAGAGUUC